GACCAAGGAAAGGAGGGGGUGUAAAUGUGAACUGUAUCCUGAGUUGCAGUCUUGUGCCUGCCUGCCUUCCUCUCAGCGAGGAUUUGCUUGGAAGAAAAGGAAAAAAUAUAUAUAUAUAUAGAUAGCUAGAUAACAACAACAACAUGGAAUACAGACCGGAAUACGGCGGAGAUCCAGCGGAUCGCUGAUGGACUCUGACUUUAAAGGCUGCUCAUGGUGUUCGCUCAGUCAGUGCUGUAUUUCUGCUUCGGACGGCUCCAGCUUCAUAAAGGAGUGUAUCCACAUGAGGAGAAGGAAAAUAAAACACAUACGCCGCUUUAAAAACCCAGGAAAACAAGAUGGCUGGUGACAGAAAACGAUAGCCAGGGCGAAACGCUAUUGUCCCCCUUUAAGAGCAAGAAGUGUGUCUGGUGUAAACGACGUGUAUAAAUAUUUCAGAGCGAUCGCUUCAACAGGAACAAAUAAUGCUUGACGUGAACGCUGUUCGCUGUUUUUAAGUGAAAUGACCGCGAGACGCCGCUAUCAGCUGAGAGCAGGUGGAGCACUGUGACUAAACAUGGACGGGCAGGACAUUUCGGAAAACACUUUAACAUUUAACGACUGUAGAUAGCGAGAGAAUAGCUUUACACGGCGGAGUUUGAUCAAGAGAUUUGCGCGUGCGGGCGCGCAUGCGUCUCAGAGAGAGGGAGAGGGAGCGAGCGCGCGCACGCACGCACGCACGAGCUCAGUGUAAAUGUUUCAUCACGCACGUGAACGUUCUUAAACGUUUAUUAUUAUUAUUUAUAAUAAUAAUAUUUUGCUUUCUGUGUAUAUUGUUCGGUUUUGGAGCACGGAAAGGCGCUUAGUUGUCGUUUUACGGUCUCAAAACCUCACGCACACGCCUACUACUACUACAUUUAGAUUUAAACAAGCAAACUACUGUUUAUUCUCCUACUGAUGUUUUUAAAAGUGUUCCUCGGCGCACUAUAGAGAGGCCUGUAGUUUUAGAGAGUCAUACACCGCAAAUUGGAUGUAUAAUUUAUCCAUGAUUUAUCACACACAGGACACUGAGCUCUGCUGUUUCAGGACUGGAGAUAUUUUGAGCUAGCUCGACUCACUUUGUCCAUUAUUAGAUGCACCGUGUACAGUUUUAGAGAGAGAGAGUGUGUGUGUGUGGGGACUAUGCAGUUAUUCAUCAUCCGACUUCAACUUCCAGACCCGAUUUGUAUGUCAAAGUCACAUGUGAGAGAGCUGUUGUGAAGCAUAGUGCAGUUAAAAUCCAGGCUUUAAAAGGUUUAAACAACUUCAGACUGUUAAACCCUGUCCUUGUAUCUGUAUCCGACUAUAAAAUUGACUGGGAUUUAGUGGUAAUUAAUAUAACCUGCGCACUUUGAGCCUCUUCAGACUCCAAACUAAUGUUUCUGGUCAGGACAGAGGGAUCUCAUAACCUCCUGGAGAGCUAGGACUCCGGUUUGGUUUCUUGUAAGCCACACUCAGUAACAGGUCCUCUGUGGUGAUCCGAUUGCAACACGUUCACAUCCCUGAUUUGUGGCUCAGCUGUGGAAUUUGAUUGCUGACAAGCUGACGACGAAGGGCGGAAGAGGAGCUCCCUGGACUGUCCAUGGAGACUCUUGACCAGCUGUUUAUGCGCACUUGUAGCCUAAUGCUGGUGUGGACAAGCAGAGUAAGAGUCACGCGCUUAUUUUUACGAGAAUGACUGACUGAAACGGCACACCGACUUACUGGUGACUUAUUUUAAACAGUUUAAUAGGCUCUCGACUGUAAAACUGGCCUGCAUGUCUUCUUCCCAAGCAGCUGAGAUGGCCGAGGCCUGGAAGAACUGUUUCGAGGAGGAGCUCAUCUGUCCCAUCUGCCUGCAUGUGUUUGUGGACCCUGUGCAGCUGCCUUGUAAGCACAACUUCUGCCACGGCUGCAUUAGCGAGGCCUGGGCCAAAGACGUGGGCAUUCUUCGGUGUCCGGAGUGCAAUCAGCCGUACAAACAGAAGCCCAGCCUCGAAAAGAACAUCAAGCUGAUCAAUAUCGUGGAGAAGUUCAACGCCCUGAAUACCGAGAAAGAGCCAGCCGUCCUGCAGUGCAUCCUGUGCAGACGGGGACCUGCGCUUCCGGCGCAGAAAGUUUGCCUGCGCUGCAAUGCGCCCUGCUGCCAGUCGCACAUUCAGACACACCUUCAGCAACCUUCUUCAAAUGCUGGGCAUCUGCUGGUAGAUGUCGAAGACGUGCGGGCCUGGAGCUGCCCCCAGCACGAUGAAUACAGAUUGUAUCACUGCGAGACCGAGCAGGUGGCUGUGUGUCGGUACUGCUGCUUCUCUAGAUGUGCAGUCGGCCAUGGACAUGGUGUCUGCGACGUGGAGCUGCGUCAGAAUGAUAUCAGGCACAUGCUAAUGAAGCAGCAGGAUCGUAUUGAUGAUCGAGUGCAGGACAUCGAAGAACUGUUGUACAAGCUGGAGUCAGACAAACGGCAGGUGGAGGAUAAGGUGGAUCAGCUGAAACAAGAGGUGCGCCUGCAAUAUCAGAAAAUGCAACAGCUCCUGGAGGAGGACCUGGGGAAGGCUCUGAAUGUGCUGGAGAAAUCACGAUCGAAGUUUUGCCAGGAAAAUUCCAGACAGGUCCUGCAGCUCAACGAGCGGCGCCAAGAGGCCAAGAAGAUACUCAGCUCUGUCCAGGUCUUGUUUGACAAGGCAGAGAAUAUCAACUUCAUGAAGAACACAAAACCUGUCAAAAUCCUCCUGGAUAGAGCUCAGACAUCUAUAGACAGUGCACUACCUCCCUACAAUGCAGGUCAUCUUAACUCCAAAGUCUUUCUUGCUGAGAUUUCUAAAAAGGAGAAGAACCUACGCAAAAUGCUGGAAGCACCCUUCGCCGCUCCUGCACACUUUUUCCAGAGUGUUCCUGUCUACCAAUGCAGAGUGAGUAGCUCAGGAUCAGAAAAGCGCAAGCACUCGACCGCGUUUCCAGAGAGCAGCGCAAACUUCAUGGAAUCCUCGUCAGGUCCUGUGAACAAGCAGCAGUUCCUGGCUCCAAGUACGAGCGCUGAUGAAGGGCCAUCUGUGCCCUCCUGCAGCUCUGCUCGACACAUUGUGAGCCUCAACAGCGGUGGCGCAGAAGUGAGCGAUGCUCAGCCUGUCCAUCAUUCCAGCUCAGUGUUCAGUCCCGCCCACUACCCCAACCCCGGAUCCACCCAACAGGCUAUGCUGCCGCAAUACAAUGGCCGUAAAAUCCUCAUGUGUACAGUGGACAACUGCUACUGCUCCAGCAUGCCCUCUGUGUCUGGACACCAUGGCCACCCUUCCUACCCACGCUCACCCUCUUUUGCCUGGGCACAGGAGUUCUCGCACCCAAUGCCCCCUCCAGCUCCCUCUAUGUCCCAGCCAAUGCAGAACAUCUCAGUGCGUGGCAACUGGAUUGGCACCUCACAGAGCCACAGGCACCCUGACUUCUACAGCCUCUAUGGAGAGCCUUCUACUAAGCACUAUGUCACCAGUUAACCAUCCUUUUUCCAUUCCUUCUUUCUUUCUCUUGCUGCUUUUGCUUUCUCUGUUUAUUUUGUCUCAAGUGAAAACUACCAUUGCAUUCAAAUGGCACUUUCUCAUUUUAUAUUCAUCGAGGUAAGCCUUGUAGCCCUCACAACCACAUACAGUACCACUCGAAAGUUUAGACACACCUACUCAUUCGUAAGUUUUUCUGUAUUUUGACUAUUUUCUACGUUGUAGAACAAUACCAAAGACAUCAAAACUAUGAAAUAACGUGGAACAUGUAUGGAAUUAUGUGGUAAACAAAGAAAGCGUGUUUAAAAAAACAGUUUAAUAUUUUAGAUUCUUCAAAGUAGCCACCGUUUACCUUGACGCUUUGCACACUAUUGGCAUUAUCUUAACCAGCUUCAUGAGGUCGUCACCUGGAAUGCUUUUUAAUUAAAGGAAAACUGAAGUCAUUUUUAAACUUGCUUUUAUUUUUUAAUUAAUGUUUAUUCAAUUAUGUUUUCGGUUUUAGCAACCUUACUGGUAUAUUGUGACUUGUAUUGGCAACUAAUUGCAGUUAAAUAUUAUACUUAUCGGCCUAUUCGGUUUUUAGCCAUGUUGAAUUUAGUUCGUUUGGUCCACGGCAGGCGUCGCUUAUCCGUGCGAUCUUCAUGAGACUUGUGCGAGACUUCAGAAUGUGAAGUGUCAGCCAGGUGUCAGUGCUGCCAUUUUGAAAACUGUUUUCCAAACGAAAUAUUGCUCAAAAACGAGUAUAAAUGACGAUUACUGCCUACUUUUUUCAAACUUUCCUGAUUUGCUAUCAAAACAAAACUUCCGGUUUAAUUACGUCAACAUUCGAAAGAGGGCGUGCGCGUCUUUUGACAACGUUAGCAGAUGUUGGUCACUUUGAUUUCCGCUGUACGUUUUACUUCCGUCCUACGAGGUCUCGCACAGGUCUUAACGAAUCUCAUUUACGGCCAUUGCUUUGACAUAUGGACUGAUGUAUUACAGAGCAUAUUUCAAACACUCAUAACUUGCUAUAGCAGUGACAAAAUGGCUGUCAGAAAUGCAUUCCUAUAUUUAAAGAUUUUUUGGGGGGGGCCUUUUCCACCCCUAUUAUUGGACAGGACAGUGCAGAGACAGGAAAUGAGCGGGAGAGAGAGACGGGGAGGGAUCGGGAAACGACCCCGGGCCGGAACCGAGCCCGGGUCCCCUGAUCCACGGCAUGGCGCCCCAUCCACCCAAGCCACGACGCCCCCUGCAUUCCUAUGUGUAAUAAAAUGAGAAAUAGAAUUUUGAUGAUAAACUUGCCUUCAGUUCUUUUUUUUUUUUUAACAAGUGUCUCGUCAAAAGUUAAUUAGCGCAAUUUUUUGCCUUCUUGAUGGGUUUGAGAUCAAAUGGUAAAUGAUAAUGUAGUAAAUAUCCCUCUUCCGCAACUGUAGUAAUCCAUAUGUCAAGAACCGCUCAACUAAGUAAAGAGAAACAACAUCCAUCAUUACUUUAACAUAAGUGUCUUUUAGUCAGUAAAAAGAGAGAAAACUGAUUGAAUUAGGUGUGUCUAAACUUUUUAAUUGUACUGUAUCUUCCUUCUCAAGUCUAUAAAAUCCCUGUCUGUCUGCCACUGUUGUGGAAUUUUUUUUUUUUUUUUUUAAAGGGAAUUUGUGGCUGUGCAUUUAAAAUUGAAAACAGGCCUGGAAUAAUUGCAGAUGCUGCUGACCCGCAGCAGAUAAUAUUAGGCUUUGUUCAGGGCCAGCUUCAAGCCCUUCCUCUGCUCCAUUUUCCAGCCUUUAGGGUGUCUGAGGAGGAGGAUGCAUCUUUAGAUCAUUACAUUGGUCUGCUGUUCACUAUGUAACUAGGAGAGACAACUCCCUUCUCUUUUCUGUUAACAGAAAUGGCUGGUAGGGCAAGGGUUGCUGGUUAUUAUAGGAAAGAUGGGUAAAAAAAAAAAUAAAGUUUAAGAUUACGGUUGUUUUCAUUACUCACUUCAACCACACCAUGUGACUGUGUGUCUGGUUGCCCAAGGUCUAAACUAUGUGAAAUGUGGUUGGCUGGGACUGAGCUCUUACAUAAAUGCCUCAAAGGUGACAGGAUUUAGUAUCAUGUUUACAGUUACAUAUUAAUGAUAAAUACAUAUUUUAUGAUUUAACUGGCAGUAGAAAAAUGUCUCAGCUCUGUUUUGGAAGAAUCACCCCAAAGGACUCAAACCGGCGUAAUUUCAAACUCAAAUACCAGCUAUAAUCCUGAAAGGCUCCAAGAGCACCUCUCACAUGUUCCACUUAAACUGCACUUCCACUAAGCUUUCCUGGAUUCUGCUUUCUGUUGGCUAUGGUAACUUCCUGAAUCAAAGCACAUUUAAGGCAUGUCCACGACAAUCAGCAAACACAAACAAUAUUUAAUCAUGGAUCAGUUAUAUAGAUGUGAUACCCUUCUUGUUUUUAGAGUCUUCUCCAGUGUAACACAGUGGGUUUGUGUGAUCGCUGCACAGUGCUGAUUGUCAGAAACAUGCUGAAUAUCUGUUGAUUUCCUGUUUGGGACUUGAAGCAGUCCAAAAAAAAAAAAAAGUUUUUUUUCCAUGAUCUCCAAGGGUCUAUCCUGAGCCUGAAUAGAAAAGUUAUUGACAUUUUUCCACAUAUUUUUUACAAGAAAACAAUGGACUACUGAACCUCUAUAAUUUGCUUCAUUGUGCUUCAAAAGACUAUUAAAUGUUGGUUUUAAAACACAUACAGUACAGUCUUUUUGUACAUAUUUUGUGCAACACAAAAGUGUGGCUCUAAUCUAAAAAAAAAAAAUAAACGGCAGUUAAUGGAGCCAGGUUUGUGUGUGUGUGUGUGUUUAUGGGUCUGAUGUCAAAAUUCAAAAAUGAAUUCUUUUUAGCACAGAUAUAAUGAUGGACUAGAGAAGUACAGACACACAGGAUUUUUGAAGUAUUGUCAUGUACGCCUCUAUCUAUGUAGAAACCAUUGUGGGUUUUAAAAUAUUACAUUUGGGUAACGGUGAUUUAAGCUCGGUGUAGUUCUGUUCACUAAAUCUUUUUUUUUUUUUAAAAUAAUAAACCCCUUGGACAAAAA